UUUAAACGGAAUUUAAGAGUCUUUUAUUCAAAUAUUUAAAAAAUUUUAGAAUAGAAAUGAUCCGUUUAAGAUCCGUCAAAAAAGUAACGAAUACAGAUUUUUAUUUUCCCUCGGACAUCCACGGAUACGGAUAUCCGGAACAUCACUACUUAUAAGUGAGCUUGACGGUAUUAUUGAAAUUUUUGCAGCGUAUCUUUUCAAGUUUCACUCUGGUAGUAUUAUUUUGCCAAAUUGAAUAAAAAAUGAAAAUAUCAUUGAAAUAUAAAUUAAUAUUUUUUUUUUUGGUUUAGUUUGAAAUGUCAUCAAUAGAUGAAAAUGAGUUCGAUUCUUCACACAUUAUGGAUAGCCCAUCGUCUGCAGACCUCCCUACAGCUAUGGAUUAUCCAAUUGAGGAACUGGAACAAGCUGACGAACUAAGUCCUUUAAGCCCCGACUCAACAGAGCCUGAAGAUGUGAAAGACUCUAAAAGUUUAGAAAAGAAUUCUGCAUGUUCUAGAAUUGCUUCCUCUGCUAAUGUAUCAUCAAUCCCUUCAUUUCCUGAGUAUGAUUUAAAUUCCAGUUUGUUACCAUUAGAAAUAAGGCAGAAGUUAACAGAAAUAGUUCAAACCAAAGGAUCAGACUUACUACAAGCAUGUAAGAACUUUGAUCGCAGGGCUACAAAUAAAAUUUCUAAGACACAACUUAGGCAGGUUCUUAGAAUGUUUUGUUUCCCCAUUACUGCUGCACAAUUUGACUCAUUAUGUGAAUAUGCAAAGUUGAGCUCCACUGGAAAAAUAAAUUAUCAAGAUUUUUUCUUGAAAAUAUCGAAUCUUAAACAAAUUUCCGAUUGUAAGAAAUCUGAAAGGAUUUCUGACAAUCUUCCUGUAGAUGAAGUUGAACUUAGAAUUAAAGAAAAAAUAAAACCUCGAUUACGUGACGUCAUUCGUUCCUUCUGGCUAUUUGAUAUCAACAAAGAUGGAUUCAUUCAGAAAAGUGAAUUGAGACGAAUCAUUCGCAAUUAUUGUUUUGAUUUGAGUGAUAAUGCUUAUGAGGAACUUUGGAAAAACUAUGAUCCUAAAGGAUCUAGUAUCAUCAAGUAUCGGGAUUUCUUGGUGAAGCUUGGUAUUAAUACGGAUAGAUAUGAAAAAUAUAUGCCACCUGAAAAUGUUGCAAGUUCUCUUAGUUGGACUGACAAAAAGUCAAAGGAUAAGGUGGAUGGUAUCAGCAAUGAACAGAAAUGUAAAAGAGCUGCUUUAGAAAAUAGAGAUGAUCCAAUUAUUCAGGGUCUUCCCAUGGAAGAAGUGAUGAUUAUUUUUGCUGACAGAAUUCAGAAUAGAGAAAAAUUACUGAAGAAAACUUUUAAAUUGUUUGAUUAUGAAAAGAAUGGCACAGUUUCUUUAUCUGAUUUCCGUGGAGUUUUAAAUUUUUUCGUUAUGGCUAUGUCUGCUAAUUUGUUUAAUCGUAUUAUCAAGAGGCUGGAAUUUGUGAUACCUGUGAACAGUGAUGUAAAUUAUAAAGACUUUUUGCGGCAUUUCAAGAGUACCAACGAAUAUGCAAAGAUGUGUGAAAGAAAGAGUGAAAAACUUGAUUGUGCUCUAGUUGUUCAGAAGAUUAAAAACCGCAUUUUGAAUCCAGAAACACGGCUUCGCAGUGUUUUCACAAGAAUCAGUAACACUGAUUCAGAGUGGCAAAUUACUCGACCAGAACUAAAAAAAGCUGUAGAAAUCGGUCUGAACUUUAAACUAUCUGAUGAGGAGUAUAAAGAAUUGACUAAUCUAUUGGACCCAGGAAGUACAAACCUCAUCAAAUGCAUGGACUUUCUAAGGCUGUUUGAAGGACCUUGUGAGAGUACAUGUCAAGGAAAAGCUAUGGAUUGUGUUGACUCAAGUGGAGUUUUGGAUGUUUCAGAAAAACCAAUGGAUUUGAAAAAAUAUUAUGAUUUGACUGGCGAGAAACUUGUUUCCAAAUUGAAGCAUCAUGUGAACAAAAAUAUCUCAAAUAUUGAAAAAGCUAUUCUUGUUUGUGAUCCUGAUCAAAGUGGUUUCAUAGCACCUGAAUGUCUUCAAAACAUUUUGUCUGGUUAUUGCUUUCCUUUGUCAAAUAAACAAUGUCAAGAAAUAGUUUCAGACUUGAGACUUUACGGGAAAGACAUUAAUUACAAUGAUUUUUUCCAAAAGUACAAGAAAAAGCCCGAAGAUGACAUGAAAAAGUGGGUUGCAACAGUGGAUAAAUUAGUCACAUUCAAAUCCAGAUGCCCUCCUGAACUGCCAGUGGAUGAAUCUGAAGAAAUGUUAUACGACUGUGUGAGAGCUAGAAAGACAGGCAUGUUGAAAGAUUUUAAAUCUCUGGAUUUGUGCAAUGUUGGUGUUGUAUGUAAAGAUGAUGUGAAAACAGUUUUCAAAAAGUAUGCAUUUCGAUUCAACGAUAAGCAGUUUAAUGAGUUAUGGAAAAAAUUUCCCCGCAACCAGUUUGAUCAACUUAUUUAUGACCAGUUUUUUGAAGAAUACUCAACUAAAGUACAGAAGCCCUUUGACUCACCAAAAACAGAAAACAAUAUCAAACCUGAGAAUGAAAGUGGUGAAGAAGAUCUUAAAUCUGAAGCAAAAGUGAAAGUUAAAUUGGGUAAUGAUAGCAACCAGAAGGAAAAAAACAGGAAAAGUGCAAAAGAAAUUUUAUAUUCCAAAGCUCCUCAAUUGAAAAAUAUCUUCGAAUCCAUUGAGCCUGCAAUAAUAAGAAAUUUUCGAACAAUUCGUUUCAAUUUACGUCGUGCUGACCCCAAGGUUACAGGGAUAAUUGAUUUUAAAGUUUUAAAGAGCAUCUUGGCAAAAUCUGGAAUAUAUUUUAGCAAAGAAGAUGAAUUCCAAAUUCUAGAGUAUUUUGAUUCUCAUCUUGCGGGGAAAAUUAACUACCGAGAUUUUUUACGCAUAUUUGUAUGGUAUGCUUGA